AUGGCAGCGAAACAAAUAUCAAAAAAGAAACACUUAGAAGAAGAACAAGUUAAAUUAAAAAGUAUUGAUAAACAACCUAUUCAUGAAGAAUACGAAUAUGUUACAAUACCACCUGAUGGAGGAUUUGGUUGGGUUGUUGCUAUCGCCGCUAUGUUAUGUAAUCUUGUUUGUGAUGGUACUCUAUUUGCGUUUGGUACAAUGAAACUGCAUCUUCAAAAACACUUUCAAUGUUCCGAUAUGCUGAUUUUAAUGGUUGGCUCUGUACCUUGUGGUGUUUAUUUAUUAGUGGGUCCAAUCGUAUCAGGUCUAGCGAAUAGAUAUGGUUGUCGCCCAAUAAUUAUUAUUGGCAGUAUUGGUGCAUCAGCCUGUAUGGUAUUAUCUACUCUUUCACCAAAUGUUUGGGCAAUGAUGAUUAUUUAUGGUGUAUUUGGUGGUAUAUUUUUUGGUAUGGUUUAUCUUCCAUCCGUUGUAAUGGUAUCAUUUUAUUUUGACAAAAAACGACCUAUUGCUAAUGGUAUAGUAACAGCUGGUACAGGUAUUGGUGCUUUAUCAUUUGGUCCAUUAGCUGACUUUUUAAUGGGAAAACUUGGUUGGAAGACUGGUAUGCUUAUCUUUGCUGGUAUCAUGUUAACAUGUAUCUUAUUUGGAGCUAUAAUGAAACCAUUACAACCUACAAGAGUACCUAUUAAAAAAGAUAUUGAAUUAGAAACUUCUGUUAAUUCGCAAUACAAAAAAGGUCAACAUACACCAUCAUCUGCUGUUUAUCGGGAAAAAGCAGGUGAAACAAAUGUGCCAUUGCUGCCACCAGGUGAUGAAUCAGCACGUAUUAGUAAUCCUGCCACAGUACCUGGUAGUAAUAAUGGAUCUAGUGAAAUUCCUGCUGUUACAACAGUAGGUAUGAUAUCAAGUCCACUUGAUCAAUCUCAACGUAAUCGUACAACAUCAAUAUCAAGUCAUACAUCAGUUGAUAGUAAUGGUAAUCGAGUUGGUGUUUCAAAUCCUGAAGAUGCAUCACGACCACUUUAUAAAAAAGAUGCUCUAUUUAUGGGAUCAAAACAACAACUUCAUAUGUCACAUACAUCAUUAAAUAAAACUAACCCAUAUAUGUCAUCUGUAACAAAUAUUCCAGCGGCUACUACCGAAGAAAAAAAGAAAGAAUCCGCAGUACAAGCCUUUGCUAAUAUACUUGGAGCAAUGACAGAUCUUUCAAUAUUAAAAAAUAAACAAAUGUUAUUAAUUUGUAUUGGAAAUAUAUUUUCAAUGUUAGGCUAUUAUCUACCAAUUAUGUGUCUUAUUUCAUUUGCAACUGAAGAUAUGGGUGUUAAUCAAACAACUGCAUCAUUUUUAUUAACAAUUUUUGGUUUUUGUAAUACAAUCGGUCGAUUUGCUGGAGGACCUAUUGCUAUGCUACCACAUUUAAGUGCAUUACGUGUUCAUAACGCACUUUUAUUUACAGCCGGUAUCUUAACUGUUUUAGCAGCUUAUGCAUAUAAUUUUACAACUUGUGCACUCUAUGCUGGUUUGAUGGGUUUUGCUAUUGCACCUCAUAUGUCUUUAAUGCCGAAUAUAAUAUGUGAUUCUGUUGGUCUCGAUCGAUUUACAACAGCCUUUGGUGUUCUCUUUCUAUUUCGUGGUGUAACAUCAAUUAUUGGUCCACCUGCUGCCGGUUUUCUCAAAGAUUAUACUAGAAAAUAUGAUUUAGCAUUUGCUAUUGGCGGUGCAAUGAUUGUAAUUGCUUCAUUCUUUCAUUUUUGUAUUGUAUGUGUUCCAACUGAUCGUGAAGUUGAAACAAAUGAAAAACAAGAAGAAAUAAGACAAAAAAAUAAACUCGAUGUUUGA